AUGGAUUACCAGCUAUAUUUUAUUCAAGAAGGUUCAUAUCGCCUUUCAGCUAUCAAUUCCACGCCAUUAUCUAUUCCGUCAGAUAUUGAAACGUUAAAAUUUACGUGGAAUGAUGAUCGUUCUAAUUCUGAUAUGAAGAAGUCAUUGUACCAGUACAAUACAACGUCGAGCAAUUUAGAGGAAUUAUUGUCACCUGUAUUAGAUAUCACGCCAACAGGAAGUGUACCACGACAUUUAUCGAACUUUAAUGUAUACUUUCCCUGCAUAUCGGCAUCAUCGGAACUUGAAUCUAUUAAUUGUUCAAUAACAUUUCGCUUUUAUAAUAUUACACAUAAUUACAGUUCACAAUCAAUAGUUAAUUUAAAAUUUUUAAAACAAUGUGUUAAAAAUGAAAAAUUGAAUCAAUCUAUACUGUCACAAUUUUAUAAUACCGCACAAAUUGAAGCUUAUUUGUUGACUCAAUCUCAUCGUAGUUUAUCAUCUAUUGGCGUAGUGACCAUUUUGGGUUAUUCUAUCAUUAUUGCACUGAUUGUUUUCGUAUUGGUAUUCUCAACAGCCAUGAUAUUGUUUUGUUUAUAUCGUAAAACAACAAGAAAAAAACGGCAUUUACUCAAAGCACAAAAUGCCGAUACUACACAUGAUCUUGAUUCUAUUCCAUUUCAUCAUCAACAGCAUCCACAAUUACCAGCUAUAUUUGAUACGACUAACUGUAGUGCAUACGAAGAUUCUAUUUAUUCUUUCACACAAUAUGAUUCACAAUAUAAACCAAGUGAUGAAACAAUCCAUGAAGCAUUAAAUGAUUUUAAAAUUGAACAAAAUCGUGUUACAUUGCAUGAAAUUUUAAUUGAAGGUACAUUUGGUCGGUUAAUUCACUGUACAUAUAUUGAUAAUAAAACAAUUUCACAAAACGUUUAUGGAAAAACUGUUAAUUCGAAUGCAUCUCAAACUCAAAUAAAUAUGAUGUUAAACGAGUGUUGUCUAUUCAAAUCAGUUAAACAUGUCAAUAUUAAUAGUCCAUUGGGAAUUGUUCAUAUGAAUGAAUUAACACCGUAUCCACUUAUUUUAUAUCCUUACGGUGGAAAAGGAAUAUUGAAACGAUUUUUAUUGAAAUGUAAGGGUAGUUCAUCUGAUGGACGUGAUCAUAUGCUUUCAACACAAGAACUCGUUUAUAUGUCUAUUCAUGUUGCAAAAGGUUUACACUUUCUUCAUAGACGAAAAUUAUUGAUGAAAGAUAUAGCAGCUCGAAAUUGUAUGGUGUUUGAUGAUUUAUCUGUCAAAUUAUGUGAUUAUGCAUUAUCUCGUGAUCUAUUUCCAAAUGAUUAUUGUUGUUUGGGUGAUAAUGAAAAUAGACCCAUAAAAUGGUUAGCUGUAGAAUCUAUUGAUGAUCGACGAUUUUCAACAGCGUCAGAUGUUUGGUCUUAUGGUGUUUUCCUUUGGGAAUUGAUGAGUUUAGGUGAUUCACCAUAUGACGAUAUUGAUCCAUUCGAUAUACUAACAAAUUUAAAUAAUGGUAUACGCUUAUCUCAACCGCCUAAUUGUCCAGAUUCACUUUAUAAACUAAUGUCAAUGUGUUGGCUAAUAUCAAUCGAUGAAAGACCUCGAAUUAGUGAUUUAAUUAGUUCUUUAACACAAUUUUACGCUCAAUUAGCACGAUUUAUAUAA